UUGCAGUGAUUUAUUUUUGUGAUCACAACUCUCUGCUGCUUCCCCCCCAGAAUUCAGCAGAAUUUGAUUCCAUCUGGGCUCAGGAUUGGAAAGCUGUUCUCUAAGCUGAUCAAAGAUGUUUAUUAAAGUUCAAAUCUUCAUCUUCAUCCUAGGGACCAUGCCUUUCAUAGCACUGGCUGAAGAAGCAAGCUCAGCUUUAGAAGAAGAAAGUGCAACAAUGGACUUCAGAGACAGAAAUGACACAGAAUAUGAAGAAUUACCAACUUGGUUGCCCACAAGACUACACAAUGUAACAAAUCUCUUGCAGUUUGGACAACUGAUGACCACAGAGAGUGCUGUGGCACCAGCUGAAGACAGCGGUAAUUCUACUGAUUAUGAAGCUAACACAGAAAACACUGAUGGUGGACUGAGUCGGGGACCAGAGAAACCUGAAAAAGGUGGUCUGGAAACAAUUGCACUGGUUGGAAUAAUUAUUGGGAUCAUAGUUGCAGUUGGAAUCCUUGCAGGAAUAAUAAUUGCUGUCGUAAGGAAGAUGUCAGGCAGGUACUCGUAA